CUGACGUAUAUAAUGAUACGCAUCAUUGAUAUUUGCAAUUGAAAUCAACAGAGCGUGACGCACCCUACUGAAGCGCUCUGCACCGAGACAUGUACGUGAUGCCAGCCAUCCUCAGCUUCAUGGACAUAGGGCUCGCGCAAAAACAGCCAAGCUCUCGAGGUGUGUCAACUGGCAUCCCAACGUGUUCAGGGAGACUUGUUAGUGUGUGGUUCUGAUUCCUCGUGACGGUACCGGUCAGGUGAGGAAGGUCUAGAUAUAUGUUCCGCUGAAACAGAUGAAGCGAGACCCCCGCGAAGAAAGAUUGUUACGGUUUAUAGACGGGGCCAGAUAAGACUGGGGGAGGAGGGCGAUCGAUUGUUUAACUCGCCGUGUGAGAACAGCUGUGAUCAGUUUACAUUCGCUUUUACGGAUACAAGUGUCGCGGGAUAAAUGGACAUGAAAGUAAUUGAGAGUUUAUAAAAAAAAAAUGGCCAUGGAAAAAAUGUUGGUGAACACGUCCGAAUACAAUAUGACUCCUAGUUCCAUAGAGGAGGGGGACUACACAGAUUUCUACGAUCCAAGUAUUUAUGAUUAUCCACUGGAUCUAGAACCACAACCUUUUAUACAGGUUCUGGCCAAAAUCUCCACGUAUGCUUUAAUUAUACUGACAGCCCUUGUGGGCAAUCUGCUUGUGAUCCUAGUGGUGGUCAAAAACAAAAGGAUGAGGACAACUACAAACUAUUUCAUCGUCAACCUGGCCGUGUCCGACCUAAUGGUCAUCGUCUGGUGUUGUUGGGUGUACCUCGUGGAUGACCUUUCCGAAGGAUGGAUACUGGGUAAAUUCUUCUGUAAAUUCAACAGCUUUGCUCAAGUGACGUCACUAAUCGCCAGUAUCCUGUCUCUCACCUUGAUUGCCGUGGACAGAUUUUUUGGGAUCGUAUUUGCCAUGAAAGCUCACAUAAUAGAGCGACGUGCCUGUCAUUCCCUGGUGAUCAUAUGGAUGAUCUCGAUCAUCGUGGGGGCGCCACUACUCUAUGUCCGCCAAGUGCACGAGCGGCAUUGGAAGGACCACGUGGAACGUUGGUGUGACGGGGAAUGGCCGUCAGUAAAAUAUGGCGUAAAUACAGACAAUAAAACACUGUACUAUCGCCCAGCACGGGUGGCUUACUGGACGUUUGUGUCACUGAUGCUGUUCAUCAUUCCAAUUUUGGCAAUGUUUGGGGCUUACUGUGGAAUCAUGAAGACUCUAUGGUCGGCGCGUGCCCCAGGAGAGAGACUGAAGGGCGAAAUAAAAGUACAGACUAAGAUGAAGCGAAAGGUUGUCAUCAUGCUGGUGUUUAUCCUGACUAUUUUCACUGUGUGUUGGCUCCCUCUCAUCGUUACUAUUCUCUACGCUGAAUACCGACCAGAACAGCUACAGCGAAUGGGACCCUGGUAUAGAAAAUUUACAUUCUUUGCAAAAACGUUUGCAUUUUCUAACAGCGCUAUCAAUCCCCUGGUAUAUGCUGGGUUCAACGACAAUUUCAGACAAGGAAUUGGUUCCAUAUUUGGAUGUUAUACAAAACAAAGAUGGACGAUGGCCCGAAUCGACUCGUUCCGAUCGACAACCACAACCAGUACGCGGAUAUUUCAUUUCCGUGUUUCCUAAGACCUGUUUCAUUGUUAAAUUUUCUUUAUAUUCUAACAACAAUAUGUUACGAUUUUUGUCAUUUUUCGUGUAUUAAACAAAGUUUAUAUCCAAA